AUGGGGUGUUUGCUUCUUUGUUUAUAUCUUUUUCUCUUUCAUUUUCCUUCUUUUCUCUAUUCUUCUUCUUUGAAUUUCUUAUGCCACCAUGAUGAGAGUGUUGCUUUGCUUCAAUUGAAGUCUUCAUUCACUUAUGAUACUAUGAAGACUGCAACAUGGAAAAAUGGAACUGAUUGCUGCUCCUGGCAUGGUGUCAAAUGUGACACCCUCUCUCGUCACGUGACUGAACUCGACCUUUCCUAUGAAGGCCUUGAUGGUGAGGUUCCUCCUCAAAUCUCACACCUUUCUAAAUUAACAUCACUUCGUCUCUCUUACAAUUAUGGGUUAGUUUGGAAAGAGAGCACAUUGAAGAGGCUUGUGCAAAAUGCAACAAAUUUAAAGGAGAUGUUUUUGGAUUACACAGAUAUGUCUUCAAUAAAAAUAAACUCCUUUGAUUUGCUCUUCAAUCAUUCUUCCUCUUUGGUUACACUUAGUCUUCAAAAUACGGGAUUAAGGGGAAACCUCAAAAAGAGAAUUAUCUGCUUACCAUCUAUUCAAGAACUAUAUAUGUCAGGUAGUUACAUUGAAGGCGAACUUCCUCAAUUUAGUUGCAGCCCUUUUCUUAGAAUUUUGGAUUUUUCAUCUGGUGAUUUCGAAGGACCAAUUCCUCUUUCAUUUUCUAACCUCACACAUCUUACUUAUCUAAGCCUCACAGGAAACUACCUUAAUGAUUCAAUCCCAUCCUCACUUUUAACCCUUCCACGUCUAACUUUUUUAUAUCUUGAAAACAAUGAGCUGAGUGGUCAAGUCCCAGAUGUGUUUUGCAACUCAAACAAAUUUAAAGAAAUAGAUUUGAGUGAAAACAAAAUUAGUGGCAAGCUUCCAUCAUCACUUUCAAAUCUUCAACAUCUCAUUCACUUGGAUCUUUCAUAUAAUUCAUUUAGAGAUCAAAUCCCAAACGUGUUUGGUGGGAUGAGAAAACUACAUCAAAUUAGUCUAACUUUUAACAAAUUAAGAGGAAAAAUUCCAUCUUCGUUAUUUAACUUGUCUCAACUUGUUAAAUUAGAUUGUUCUCAUAAUAAAUUAGAGGGUCCCAUACACAAAAUUACAGGUUUCCAAAAACUAACUUAUUUGAGUUUAAAUGACAACCAACUAAAUGAAACAAUUCCUUCUUCCUUGUUAUCAUUGCCUUCUUUAGUAACUUUAGAUUUGUCAAAUAAUCACUUUACAGGACUUACUAGUGGAAUCUCAUUAUAUUCCUUAAAGGAACUAUAUUUAUCUAACAAUAAAUUUCAAGGUAAUAUUCCAGAAUCAAUUUUCAAUCUUACAAACUUAACUACUAUAGAUCUAUCAACCAACAACUUUAGUGGUGUUGUUGAUUUUCAACAUUUUUCUAAACUUCAAAAUUUAGAUUCUCUUUCCCUUUCAUAUAAUGGUCAAUUAUCAUUAAACUUUGAAUCCAAUAGCAAUUAUACCUUUUCUACACUAACUGAAUUGAAAUUGUCUUCAUUGGGUUUAAAUGAGUUUCCCAUGUCAUCAUUGAAAUCCUCAAGUUUGAAAUACCUUGAUCUAUCUAAUAACAAACUUAAAGGAAGUCUUCCCAAUUGGUUACCGAAAAGUAUGUAUUACUUCGGAUUUUUGAACCUUUCUCAAAAUUUGUUAACAUCAAUAAAUCAAAUCUCAAGGAAUAGUUACAUGCUCGGUGGCCUUGAUCUUAGUUUCAACUUACUAAAUGGUGAACUUUCUCCAUCAAUUUGUAAUAUGAGUUACCUUAACUUUCUCAGUAUGGCACACAACAAAUUGACAGGAGACCGUGUGCCUAAAUCUUUGUCCAACUGCAGAAAUUUACAAGUUUUAAAUCUUGGCAGUAACAAAAUAGAAGAUCAUUUUCCUUAUUGGAUUCAAACUCUGCAAGAUUUCAAAGUGCUGAUUUUGCGAGACAAUAAAUUUCAUGGUCCCAUUGAUAAUACUAAGGUCAAGUAUCCAUUUCCAAGUUUAAUCAUUUUUGAUAUCUCAGGAAACAACUUUAGCGGUCCUCUACCAAAAGGCUAUUUAAAUUUUUUUGAAGCCAUGAGGACUGUUGCUCAAGUGGAAGAGAAUAGCAUUUUUCAAUACAUGGACACAAACAUAAUGAAUGAUACACAACAAUACUAUGAUUCUGUGACUGUGGAGACAAAAGGGAAGAAAAUAACACUGGUGAAAAUUCCAACAAUCUUUGUAAUUAUUGAUUUGUCAAGAAACAAAUUUGAAGGAGAGAUACCAAUUGUUAUUGGUGAGCUUCACACACUUAUAGGGCUUAACCUAUCCCAUAAUAGACUCAGCGGUAAUAUUCCACAAUCCAUGGGAAACUUGACAAGCUUGGAAUGGUUGGAUCUCUCAUCCAAUAUGCUCACUGGUAUUAUUCCUUCAGAUUUAACGUAUUUGAAUUUUCUUGAAGUCUUGGAUCUUUCCAAUAACCAUCUUCUGGGAGAAAUACCUCAAGGAAAACAAUUCAACACAUUUUCAAAUGAUUCAUACGAAGGAAACUCGGGGUUAUGUGGAUUACCCUUGUCCAAGAAAUGUGGACCUGAACAACAAUCUCCACCUUCACCCGACAAGCUUUGGAGUGAAGAGAAAUUUGGAUUUGGAUGGAAACCAGUGGCAAUGGGAUAUGGAUGUGGAUUUGUGUUUGGAAUAGGCCUUGGAUAUUGCAUGUUUUUAUUUGGAAAGCCAAGAUGGCUUGUGAUGAUAUUUGGUGGCCAACCUAAGAGGAGAGUGAAAAGAAGAACAAGAGUGAGGAUGACCAAUGGUUCAACCAUGAAUCAGAUGAUACAAAUGUCAUAG